AGGCGUGUUGCCCGGUGUGUGCGUGCGCCUGAGUGUGCGCGCGCACUUGUGUGCGUUUGAGAGGUUCUAUAUGAGGGUGGUCAGGCGGGGGCUCGGCUGCACACUGGCGGGAUUCUUCUUUCUGCCGCUUCACGCACACGAAGCAGCACCAGCAGGUGCAUCCGGAGAUAUCCAGAUUUUAGCGCGAGACGUCGCAGCGGAGGCUACAUGCUAGCUUGUCUUUGACAUCCAAGAAGUUCGACACACCCAAAAACGCAAGAUGGAUUUUGUAAUGAAACAAGCUUUGGGCGGGGCCACCAAGGACAUGGGCAAGAUGCUGGGCGGCGAGGAGGAGAAGGACCCCGACGCAGCCAAGAAAGAGGAAGAGCGUCAGGAGGCUCUGAGGCAGCAGGAGGAGGAACGGAAAGCCAAACACGCCCGCAUGGAGGCCGAGAGAGAGAAGGUCCGGCAGAGCAUUCGGGACAAGUACGGCCUGAAGAAGAAGGAGGAGAAGGAGGCUGAGGAGAAGGCAGCAAUGGAGCAGGCCUGCGAGGGCUCCCUGACGCGCCCCAAGAAGGCCAUCCCCAGGGGCUGCGGGGAUGACGACGACGACGACGAUGAGAGUAUCCUGGAUACUGUCCUCAAGUAUCUGCCUGGUCCGCUGCAGGACAUGUUCAAGAAGUAGACCGGGACAAAAAGACGGGGGAGGGGAAGGGAAUUAGGGGGAAUGAUGAUUCAAAUUCAGGAAGAGACGAUUUUGCCAAGCAGUUGGAGGCUUCACACUGCCUUUUCUAAAAAUGUUUGUUUUGUGUUUGUUUUACUCCCUACAGCAUUUUAAAAUUUUCAUUUGUUGCUAUCAGGCCUUUUGACUGGUCGGUCGUCACCUGUCGCCAGGCAGACACCACCAAAUCCAAAGUUGAAAGUAUAUUUUUCCGGACACGUGCCUUGAUUGCAAGUGGACGUGGGAAAAGCAUGCCAACGUUUAGGAUCGCCUGAUUGGCCAGGAAGAUGUAGUAACACUGCCAACUUAAACAUGUAUUGGAUCAGGUGUCAAAACCCCUUUCACGUGGACCACAAAAGCUGAAUUUCUGUGGUGUUAUGGUAUAAUGAAGUAAGGGGAACCUGCGCCAUAGAAUUUAGGUCACUUCACCUGACAGCAGAGUUCUGUCAGCAGAUGGGGCAUUAAAUGCGAUUCGGAUGAUUCAAUACCAACUCUACUUUUACUUUGUGUGUCUCUGAUGCACCAAUUUUGGCCCCUUCACACUGCUAAUUAAGGCAUCUUAUUCCCGGCUUGCCUGUCUGAAAAGUAUGGCCAAUAAAGGCGGCAAUGAAAACUAACUGCAAAUUUGCCAGCUUCCGUGGUAGUAUCAGAUACCUGACAGCAGUGUGUGAAAGGUACAAGUGGACAAGGCUUUUCUGUAACGUCUCGGAUGCACUCAUUUUGCAGGAACUCAAUCCCCUUUCACUCUGCCCUUCAAAUAAUUUAUUCCGCUGUUUCUUUUUCUUAUGUUGUCGUACCAACACUGGAUGGGGGUGGCAUGGGGGAGUUAAGUCGUCCACUGAUAUUACCGGCCUCCCAGGUUGUAUCAGAGGUGUAACAACGACAGGAUGUUGACUGCGUGAAAGGGAAUCUGACCAUGUCCUCCAUUCAACGGGUUCUUUGUGAAAAGCACAGGUGGAUGUUGAUCGACUGUUACAUCUCUGGUGCACCGGUUUUGGGGAAGGUCUAGCCCCUUUCACACUGCCCUUCAAAGCCAACUUAUUCCCGGCUCGAUCCCAGUUGGCUAUGCUGUAUGAAAGGUACCAACAUGGGAUAGUUGAUAAAGUCAGCAUGUGAAUUUAUCAACUUCAGAGGUCGUACCAGAUUGGUAACAAUGGCGGGACAGCAGCUGCGUGAAAGGGAAUGAUGGCAAAUUGGAGCUGAUAUGUUUGGUAUCAUCUUCUGUUUGUCGGAUUCUCUGUGAGAGACACAACUGGAUGGAGGCUCUUCUGCUCCUUUGUCUCUGUUUCGCCAAUUUUGAGGAAAGUCCCUUUAAUGCAAUCGACCAAAGCCAAUUUAUUCCUGUCCUUUUUAUUGACCACCUGGAAAUUUCCUGGGCUCCUGUAACGAUUUGAUGGCAGGACUAUGUGUGAAAGCGUACACCUUUGCUGUAUUCUGUAUGAAUGCCAAAGUUUUGCGCAACCUGUAUAAAAGGGGCCGCUUCUUUUUACCGGAAAAUAUUGGACACGUAUUUCCAGCUCCCCUUAGACAAUCAGUACAAACUUAGGGCAAAGAGAAGUAUUGGGGAGAGGGUGCGGGGUUGGAGGUUGAGGUUAAAUUUCAAAAUUGAUCACCAUGGAGACCAAAGAAUACGAUUGUUUCAGACGUCUGACACCCCCCCCCCCUCGAAAAAAAAAAAUGAAAAGACCACUACGACAUCAAGCUGUGUGUCAGCAGUGUGCUAGUGGUGUGUUAUGGGUACAUCAGCAGCGCUUUAUCACUGUGCCAGCGAUAUUAGUGAUGCAUCCGUCAUGCAUUAGUGGUGCUUUGGUGGUACAUUCGUGGUGCGCCAGUAUUGCAUCGGUGGUGCAUUAGCGCUGAAGAAUGGUCAAUGGUCAAUGUCAAUGGUACGAGUCCUUUGGACAAGCUAACAGUGUUCGCAUGUGACGAAAGGCGAAGAAGCUAAAGAGCUAAGAAUCUGGAAUGCUAAAAAAGCUAUGAAGCUAACAGGCUAAGGAGCAUGCGGUUUUCUGUCAGCAGUCAUCGGCACUGCGGCAAGAACACGAAAACACUUUAUUGCCGUUUUUUUAGUUAUCGGUGACACAGUAGAAGAAGAAGAUUCGGGACUAGACCACAAAGCCAUACACUUUAGACUUUUUGCAAUAAUUUCUUGAAUGUGUUUUUUUUCUUUGUGUGCGUACGUCGUGUGUACGUUCACACAACACGCGUGUCGGAAGAAACCAUCUUUGCACGUGUUUAAGUGUGUGGUUGCCAUUGUGUGUUUUAAUACUGAACGCUUUCCUCAUGUUGAUGCAUGCAAACCGAAGACCGCAUUGAUGAAUUGAUUAAUUGUUUGGGUCUUUGUGGUUUCAGUUAACCUUGGAACCAAACCAAUUGUUUGUGUUCCUGGAGGGUAUCAAAUACCCUGGUGGUUUAUCCCAUGGACGUUUGAUGACAUCACAUACAGGAAGUGGUAGCAGUGAGGCGCUGUUGCCACUCUGCUACUUUCUCAACAUGUGGGUGGAAGCGCACAGGCUAAAAAGGCUAAGAGCUAGCUUUUAGCGCAUUUGGCUACGUGCGUUAGCUUCUUAUGGCUACAUGUUGUGUUAAUGCGUUGAGACAUCCGUUCACAGAUCAUCGAGAAGUAAUAUUUGGAAAUCCAAACAAAAAGAUGGAUUUAGAAUUUUGCGGUGAUAAUGCUUAAAUGUUUAAAGCUAUGCGACACAUCUUGAGAAGUAUUAUCCUGGAGGCUCCACGCUGCAUUUUUGAGUUUCUCUUGUUUUUAACGCCUAACAAUUUUGUGGUAAAUGCAUACGAACGUUUUGGCCUGCUGAUAAACAAGAUGUAGAAACACGUCCAGAUUUGACUUUUUAAAUUGUGUUGGACCCAUCACACUUGAUGGGAGUGACAGUUUCUGGUGGCACGUCAAAGCGAACUCUUGAUUAUAUGAUCUAAGGUGAACCCUCACCGGAGAGUUCACGUUACCUCAUGAAAGGCGGACUUAUUCCGGGCUUUUUUUCCAGAUGUCUGAUAUCUACAUUAAUGCGAAAACAUCAACUGUGAUGUUAGCACUGGACUGAAAUGAAUUUGGGAAAUCAGUUGUGCUUGAACUUCUGAUAUGAACUCACUCGAUGAAAUUCAUUUCAAUGUGUAAGUGUCGCAUUUAUUCCUUUUUCAGUGUUUUCUGUUCACGUUUGCUCAAUUGUCAUCCUGUUGGCUUUUAAAGGGCUAUUCUGUGUUUUGCGUACGCUUGUUCUUCGGCUUUAUGGGGGAUUGAGAAGGAUGGACCCACGAGAGAAACGCAUGAGCCCGCCGUCAUCGUCAUCGUCGCCAUUUCGACGCGUCUCACUUUAAUGCUGACCGUGUUGCCUCAUCGUCUGCCGUUUUUGAAGAUUUCUCAUUCAAUUUAGUGCACAUCUCAAUGCUGUGCAUGCAUUGACCACCUAGGGGCAGUAAAAGAUAUCCAUCCAUCCAUCCAUGCAUGCAUCCAUCCAUUUUCUGAACCGCUGGGGUCAUUGAGUCAUCACAACUCCUUCCCAACUCAUCUUUCUGUUUGGAGGAUAAAGAAUAUGGCCGUGAGCCGAAGGACAGCUCGUGUCUUGGUAAACUCGUGAGAUGGCUCGCUCAUAUCUUGUGGCGUCCACUGUUUUGAAAUCUGUGAGAAAAUGUAAUUUGCAUGAGCGAAGCUCAAAGAGAUUAUUAAGGUGGCGUUAACUGGCAUCGGCUCGUGUUAACGCUCUUUACUUCGUGUUUACACGCUAUAGCUCUUGUUAGCGUGAGUUAGCUCAAGUUCACACGCGUCGGCGGUUAGCUCAACCGCAGAGUUAUCGCAAUCAACUGCCAUUCUUGCUCUGAACUGCCUUUUUUUUA